AUGACAAUACGUCAAUAUUUUACACCGAUGGAUUUUGAACACACGAAAUCAUUAUGGUCUACAACACUGAAACCUGGUAUGGAGAAGGCAUUGAAAGGUUCUAAUGAAAAGGACAGUUUUGAAGAACUGUAUCGAAGUGCUUUCACAAUGGUAUUCAAUGGACAUGGUCAAGAACUCUACCAGAAUAUUCAGAAAUUAAUUUUUGAGUAUCUUGUUGAGAAGGUAAGACCAAAGCUUGCUGAAUCAUCUUCAGCAACAUUCUUGGUUACACUCAAACAAACAUGGGAUGAUUAUGAAAAAAGCAUGUUAGAUAUUGGUAAAAUGCUUGGUUAUAUGAAUCGAGUCUAUAUUACAGAAAAGAAACUCGAACCUGUCUAUGAUUUGGGUUUAAGAUUAUUUCGAGAAAACAUUAUUCUAUUUUCGACCACACGAGAAUAUUUCAAUAAUGCAUUACGGGAGAUGAUGAUUCGCGAACAACAUGGUGAGAUCUUAGACCGAACAACUAUCAACGAUAUUUCUCUUAUGCUAACAAAAUUGAACAUUAACGAAGCUGAUUUCUAUGAUGAAGAUCUCCAGACAUGGUGUUUACAAUAA